AUGAAUGAAAGACUUGUCAUACUUGAUUACGAAGGACGCAACUUCACAUCCAACACUUCGUAUUCCAUUAAUCUCAACUGUUUGAUAUCUUCGCUACCUAAUCUAACUCCAACCAUCAACGGCUUCUACAACAUCUCCAUCGAAGGCGAAGUCAACGCCAUAGCUUUAUGCAGAGGAGAUCUCAAACCAAAUCAAGAUUGCAUCAAUUGCAUAACAAACACAGCUAAACAGCUAGAAAGCUGUCCAAACAUCGUGGAAUCCGACAUAUGGCUGGAAAAAUGCAUGUUUCGUUACACAAGUCGAACAAUAUUAGGUCAAAUGGAGCCAGUUCCCUUUUAUCACACAUCAAGCAACGUUAGCGUGGCGGACAAGGAAAGUUUCAGCAAGGGUUUAGGUGAACUAUUGGAUUCAUUAGGGUCAAAAAUAGUGGAUGCGUAUGACACCUCAGCAGGAGUGAAAGGGAUAGUUUACGCGUUGGCUCAGUGUAUACCAGAUUUGUCUAAAUCAGAUUGUAGAAUUUGUCUUUCACAGAUCUUUGCUGGAGUGCCUACUUGUUGUGAUGGCCAGUCAGGUGUCAAUCUAAGUUGCUAUUUUAGGUUUGAAAAUUAUCAUCUCUCUGUUGUUUCAGAAGAGAAACAACCUCUUUCUCCUCCUAAGAAUGACACCAAAAGAAGUGAUUAAGGUAACACAAUAAACGGUUCUAAAACUCUGGUAUUUGCCGUGAUUCCCAUUGUGACAAUUGUCUUAGUUGUUAUCUCUCUCUUUAUCUACUUAAUGAGGAGGAAGAAAAAUCUAAAGGAAGAAGCUGAAAAUGAGAUUGAGAGUACAUACUCAUUGCAUUUUGAUUUUGACACCAUAAGGCAUAAGAGUAGCAACAGAUGAGAGUUCUCUUUAACGAAUAAGAUCGGUGAAGGUGGUUUUGGGGCUGUCUACAAAGGUCGUCUUCAAGAUGGUCAAGAGAUAGCCGUGAAAAGGUUAUCGAUACAUUCGGGACAAGGCAAUGCCGAGUUUAAGACAGAAGUGCUCCUAAUGACUAAGCUCCAACACAAGAAUCUUGUAGAACUCUUUGGUUUCUCCAUCAAAGAAUCUGAAAGACUUCUUAUCUAUGAGUUUAUCUCUAAUACAAGUCUUGAUCGGUUCUUAUGCGAUCCUAUCAAGGCGAAGCAGUUAGAGUGGGAAACAAGGUACAAUAUCAUCAUAGGAAUCUCCAGGGGGUUGCUUUACCUUCAUGAAGGCACAGAUUUUACGAUAAUUCACCGUGAUCUCAAAUCGUCAAAUGUGCUUUUAGAUGAACAAAUGCAUCCAAAAAUCUCAGAUUUUGGAAUGGCAAGACAGUUUGAUUUUGAUAAGACUCAAGCAAUAACAUGAAGAGUUGUCGGAACUUAUGAGAUCCCUAUACUAUGUACUACUCCUUUAUAAUAUAUGGCUCCAGAGUAUGCAAUGCAUGGUAGAUUCUCUGUGAAAACAGAUGUUUACAGCUUUGGAGUUCUUGUUUUUGAGAUCAUUACAGGUAAAAGAAACAGUGGACUAGGGUUUAGUGAAGGCACAGAUCUCCCUACUUUCGCAUGGAAAAAUUGGGUUGAAGGAAGACUAAUGGAUCUAAUAGAUCAUGUUCUUUUGAAAUCUUACUCUAAGGAACAAUCAGUGCAAUGCCUAGAAAUUGCUUUGUCUUGUGUUCAAGAGAAUCCUACAAAAAGACCAACAAUGGAUUCAGCUGUUUCCAUGCUUAGCUCUGAUUCUGAGUCUCUCCAACUCCCAAAGCCAUCACAGCCUGGUUUCUUCAGAAGAUCAAUGUCGUUUUCGGUUUCUGUUAAUGAUGUUUCUCUCACAGAUUUGUCUGGACGUUAA